CUACUUCUCCUCCCUUUCUCCUCCUCCUGUGGCUGCUGCUGCUGCCAGACCUCGCCAUUUCAGACCCACCGGGCUGCCCUCCCCUGCGCACUCCUUCGCUGCCAGGGCAGGAGAGCAGCGUGGCCACCCGCAGAAAGUCACAAUGUUGCAAACACUUUUCCUGACUAUGCUGACUCUGGUGCUGGUCAAGUCACAGGACACCGAGGAAACCAUCACAUACACGCAAUGCACCGAUGGAUAUGAGUGGGACCCUGUAAGACAACAGUGCAAAGAUAUCGAUGAAUGUGACAUUGUCCCAGACGCUUGCAAAGGUGGAAUGAAAUGUGUCAACCACUAUGGAGGAUAUCUCUGCCUUCCUAAAACAGCCCAAAUUAUUGUCAAUAAUGAACAGCCUCAGCAAGAAACACCAGCUGCAGAAGCAUCAUCAGGUGCCACCGCUGGAAGCAUGGCUGCCAGUAGCAUGGCAACCAGCGGUGUGGUGCCUGGAGGUGGUGUCAUGGCCAGUGCUGCUGCAGUUGCUGGCCCUGAAGUACAGACUGGCCGAAAUAAUUUUGUCAUCCGGAGGAACCCAGCUGACCCUCGUAUCCCUUCCAACCCUUCCCACCGGAUCCAGUGUGCAGCAGGCUACGAGCAGAGUGAGCAAAAUGUGUGCCAAGAUAUUGAUGAGUGCACCACAGGGACCCACAACUGUAGAGUGGACCAAGUGUGCAUCAACUUACGUGGCACCUUCACAUGCCAGUGUCUUCCGGGGUAUCAGAAGCGAGGCGAGCAGUGUGUGGAUAUAGAUGAAUGCACCGUGCCUCCAUAUUGCCACCAAAGAUGCGUGAACACACCAGGUUCCUUCUACUGCCAGUGCAGCCCUGGGUUUCAGCUGGCAGCGAACAACUACACUUGUGUGGAUAUAAAUGAAUGUGAUGCCAGCAACCAGUGUGCUCAGCAAUGCUACAACAUUCUCGGGUCAUUCAUCUGUCAGUGCAACCAAGGGUACGAACUGAGCAGUGACAGGCUCAACUGUGAAGACAUUGAUGAAUGCAGAACCUCAAGCUACCUGUGUCAAUAUCAAUGUGUCAAUGAACCAGGGAAGUUCUCAUGCAUGUGCCCCCAGGGCUACCAAGUGGUGAGAAGCAGAACCUGCCAGGAUAUAAACGAAUGUGAGACCACUAAUGAAUGCCGAGAAGAUGAAAUGUGCUGGAAUUAUCACGGUGGCUUCCGUUGUUACCCACGAAACCCAUGCCAAGAUCCCUACGUUCUAACAUCAGAAAACCGAUGUGUUUGCCCAGUCUCAAAUGCUAUGUGCCGAGAACUGCCCCAGUCCAUAGUCUACAAAUACAUGAGCAUCCGAUCUGACAGGUCCGUGCCGUCAGACAUCUUCCAGAUACAGGCCACAACUAUUUAUGCCAACACUAUUAAUACUUUUCGGAUUAAAUCUGGAAACGAAAAUGGAGAGUUCUACCUACGACAAACAAGCCCUGUGAGUGCAAUGCUUGUGCUCGUGAAGUCACUAUCGGGACCAAGAGAAUACAUCGUGGACCUGGAGAUGCUGACAGUCAGUAGCAUAGGGACCUUCCGCACAAGCUCCGUGUUACGACUGACAAUAAUAGUGGGGCCAUUUUCAUUUUAGCUUUUUAUAGAUUCCACCAUAGGCAUUUAAAUAAGCCAAAGAAUAUUGUUACAUUAAAGCACUAUUUUAUUUAUAGAUAUAUCUAGUACAUCUAUAUCCAGACAUUUACACUAUGGUAGGAAGUGGGCAUUUAAUCUGUAAGAUUCAAAGUUUAUCUUUAUCACUGAGUGUAAAUUAGACAUUAAUCCACCAAACAUUCUUCUUGAAGGGAGCUAAGCAUAUAUUAGCUGAAACUUGGAUUCUUUCCUAUAAAAACGGGACCAAGGAAUGAUACUGUUCUGUGGUGUGUAGAGAAAUAUACAUUUACACAGACCAUCUCAUGAGGAUUGGCCAUCUUAACAUCAAGAUCAAGGAGGAGGGUUUUUUUUUAACUGCUUUGUAAGAAAAAGGAAAAAAGUCAAUAAAGAUAUAUUUCUUUAGAAAAUGAGAAUCUACCAUGUUUGUGUUGGUCUGUAUUUUAACGAUCAGUUUAAAGGUACUGUUUAUUGUUUAGCAGUAAAUUAUUACUGGGCAAUAUAGUAUUUUCUAUCAGACUCUUAAACUUUGUCAUAAAUUUCACCCACGAUUCCAAGUGAAUCACAUAUCUCCUCAAAAAUUAUCCUGUUGAAAGGUCUAUGAGGAAUAGUAAAGAAAAUAGCUUUUUGCAAAACCAUGUUAGAAUUCUCCAAAGAAGCAAGUACAUGUAAUAGAAUCCCUAAAGCAAGAAAUGCACCCAAGGUUCAGAGAGAAAUGGAGAAAAAGUUUCUAAGUUUCCUGUUUCUAAGCUUAACUUCUAACAAGCCUCUCAUUUGCCAGUAAGAUUCUAAUCCAGGUACUUGCACUCAUGGGGGAAGAAAUGGUGACUCUUCACCCUUAGAAUUAACAUUAGCCUUCCUGCUCAACUCUAUGAAAAAGGUUGAUGUCUUGUUUGUGUAAAAUAACAGCUCCUCUUUGAUGUAUCAUAUUUUUAACUAAAAAUAAAUGUUCUUCUAGAAGAUUA